AUGGCGGCGAAGCGACGGGCGAGCGAUGCGGCGGUGACGACGCCGAGGAAGCGCGCGCGUGGGACGCGGGCGGGGCGACGGACGACGACGACGACGACGACGACGCCGGGCGGCGGCGAGGGCGACGAGGCGGCGGAGACGCGACGGUCGAGCGAGACCACGAGCUCGGAGCUCGGCGCGAUCGAUUACUUCGGCGUCGAGGGCGAUGGGUGGGCGAGCGAUGACGACGACGCGCCGCAGUACCCGAUCGAUGCGGUGAUCAAGGUGUUCUGCACGCACACCGAGCCGAAUUACUCGCUCCCGUGGCAGCGUAAGCGGCAGAGCUCGAGCACGAGCACGGGGUUCGUGAUCGAUGGGAAUCGGGUGUUGACGAACGCGCACAGCGUGGAGCAUCACACGCAGGUGAAGCUGAAGAAGAGGGGGAGCGAUAAGAAGUACGUGGCGAAAGUGCUCGCGAUCGGCGUCGAGUGCGACCUCGCGUUGCUCACGGUGGAGGAUAAGGAGUUUUUCGAGGACGUGGAUCCGGUGCGGUUCGGGAUUUUACCUCGAUUGCAGGAUAGCGUCACGGUGGUGGGGUACCCGGUGGGAGGGAUCGCGAUCAGCGUCACGUCCGGCGUCGUCUCGCGUAUCGAGGUGACGUCGUACUCGCACGGCGCCGCGGAGCUGUUGGGAGUACAGAUCGAUGCGGCGAUCAACAGUGGGAAUAGUGGAGGACCCGCGUUUAAUCGCGAGGGUAAGUGCGUGGGCGUCGCGUUUCAAUCGCUAAAGGAUUCGGACACGGAGAACAUUGGUUACAUCAUCCCCACGCCAGUCAUCGACCACUUCCUCUCCGACUUCGAUCGCACGGGGAAGUACAACGGAUUCCCGGCCCUGCAGUGUGAAUUCCAAAGAUUAGAGAACCCGUCUCUGCGGAAGAGUCUCGGGAUGACGUCCACGCAGAAGGGUGUGCUCUUGCGAAGAAUCUCCCCACUCUCGCCCACGGCGAAAGUCUUAAAAUGCGGCGACGUGUUGAUGAAAUUCGACGGAGUGGAUGUCGCCUCCGAUGGGACCGUGGCAUUCAGAACGGGCGAGCGCAUCAAUUUCUCAUACCUCGUGAGCCGUAAAUACGUUGGCGAUGCGGCUUCGGUAACGGUGUUCCGGGGCGGGAAGGUUAUUGACUUCAAAGUCGGGUUGGCCAUGCACGACCGCCUUGUACCCGUGCACAUCGAAGGCGUGCCGCCUUCGUAUUACAUUUGCGCGGGCAUCGUCUUCGCCGUCGUGACCGUCCCGUAUUUGAGAUCCGAAUACGGUAAGGAUUACGACUACGAUGCUCCGCUUCGGUUGCUCAUGAAGAUGAUGCACGGACACAAGGAGAAAAAGGACGACCAAGUCGUCGUCGUCUCGCAGGUGCUCUCUUCGGACAUAAAUAUCGGGUACGAAGACAUCGUAAACGUCAUUGUCACUGGUGUCAAUGGUCGACCGAUCAACAACCUGAGAUCGCUCGUCAAAAUCAUCGAGGAGUGCAAAGACGAGUACCUCAAGAUCGAGCUCGACCAAUCCAUGCAACUCGUCCUCGCACAAAAGGAGGCGAAGAAGAGCACGAAGGAUAUCCUCGCGACGCACUGCAUUCCUAACCCUAAGAGCGUUGAUUUGCGGUAG